AUGGCAAAAUCACGAUUCGAAUAUGUGAGGAGCUAUGAACUGCCCGAUCCCUUAAUGCCAGGAACUUUCAUAGUGGUCAGAAUAGAUGGAAGAGGUUUUCACAAAUUCUCAGAUGCUCAUUCAUUCUCAAAACCGAAUGAUAGAAGGGCACUUGAUCUGAUGGAUAUGGCAGCGAAAACGGUAAUGGAUGAAUACAAGGAUGUCAUAAUGGCUUUUGGUGAAAGUGAUGAGUAUAGCUUCUUACUCAAGAAAAACACGAAACUAUAUAAUCGACGAAGAAGUAAGAUAGCAUCUUCGAUAGUAUCUCUAUUCACAUCAGCAUACGUGUUUAAUUGGUCACGUUAUCUACCGAAUGAGCCUUUAAGAUAUUCACCAAGUUUCGAUAGUAGAGUCGUAUUGUAUCCAUCAGCGAAAGAGGUUAGAGAUUAUUUCGCUUGGAGACAGGCUGAUACUCAUAUCAAUAAUCUAUACAACACAGUAUUCUGGGCUCUGGUGCAAAGUGGGCAAUCGACAGCGGAAGCGAAUAAAGCUUUACAGGGUACAGACUCAAAGGAUAAAAAUGAACUGCUCUUUUCCAAGUUUGACAUAAACUACAAUAAUCUACCAGCAAUGUACAGAAAAGGAAGUACAUGUGUAAGAAAGCCAUAUCCUUCAACCUCAACUUCAAGUAUAGCACCUGAACCUUCAAAUAUACCUUCUUCUACUUCUUCGCACAAUUCUCCUCUCGUCGAAACCCCAACUCGAGCGGCAGAUAUCGAAGUGACGAAUUCGACGACGAAUACCAUAGCUGCUAAGUUGGAAGAUAUGAAAGCCAUCAAAGUGCCUUCAUCGGAAUCGGAAUUGCAAUCAGAGAGACCAGGUUCAGAAUCACGUUCAGGUUCAGUACCCAUUCAAGAACAAAAAGUGAAAACUCCUAAAAAAGCGAAACCUUUCGAAGGUAUAGAUGGUGAAUUGACCAUCAUUCAUGAAGAUAUUAUCAAAGACACGUUCUGGGAUGAGAGACCUUGGUUAUUGGAGUAA